GGGCCUGGAAAGCGCGCGUUGGGGAGUGGGCGGAGCCAGUUUACUCGCGUCAUAUCCGGGAGCGUUAGAGCCCUCACAGAGGUGGUGUGCAGCGCUUCGGCUUCGGCGGCUCUCGCAAAGCGUGGCUUCGUGCGAGGCUACGGCGGGGCCUCUGUAGAGAAGGCGCAAGAGGUUGGCAGCUUAAGUAGCGGUCCCGGAGCGGCGACGUCAGGCAGGAACCAUGAGCGACAGCGGCGAACAGAACUACGGCGAGCGGGAAUCCCGUUCUGCUUCCAGAAGUGGAAGUGCUCACGGAUCAGGGAAGUCUGCAAGGCAUACCCCUGCAAGGUCUCGCUCCAAGGAAGAUUCCAGGCGUUCCAGAUCUAAAUCCAGGUCCAGAUCUGAAUCUAGAUCUAGAUCCAGAAGAAGUUCUCGCAGGCAUUACACAAGGUCACGAUCUCGAUCCCGGUCCCAUAGACGAUCCCGGAGCAGGUCUUACAGCAGAGAUUAUCGCAGACGCCACAGCCAUAGCCACUCUCCUAUGUCUACUCGAAGGCGCCAUGUUGGGAAUCGGGCAAAUCCAGACCCCAACUGUUGUCUUGGAGUGUUUGGCUUGAGUUUGUACACCACAGAGAGAGAUCUGAGAGAAGUGUUCUCUAAAUAUGGCCCUAUUGCUGAUGUGUCUAUUGUGUAUGACCAGCAAUCUAGACGGUCAAGAGGAUUUGCCUUUGUAUAUUUUGAAAACGUAGAUGAUGCCAAGGAAGCUAAAGAACGUGCCAAUGGAAUGGAGCUUGAUGGACGUAGAAUUAGAGUUGACUUCUCUAUAACAAAAAGACCACAUACUCCAACACCAGGAAUUUACAUGGGGAGACCCACCUAUGGCAGUUCACGUCGUCGGGAUUAUUAUGACAGAGGAUAUGAUCGAGGUUAUGAUGAUCGAGACUAUUACAGCAGAUCAUACAGAGGAGGUGGUGGAGGAGGAGGUGGAUGGAGAGCUGCUCAAGACAGGGAUCAGAUUUACAGAAGGCGGUCUCCUUCUCCUUAUUACAGUCGUGGAGGGUACAGGUCACGUUCCAGAUCUCGGUCGUACUCACCUCGUCGCUAUUAAAGCAUGAAGUUGAAGACUUUCUGAAACCUGCCACAGAGCUGGAAUAUUGUUUGUGGACAAUAUUUUCUAUUGUCUUCUGUUUAAAAAGUGAACAGUGCCUAGUGAAGUUAGGUGACUUUUACACCUUUUAUGAUGACUACUUUUGGUGGAGUUGAAAUGCUGUUUUCAUUCUGCAUUUGUGUAGUUCGGUGCUUUGUUCAAAGUUAAGUGUUUUCAGAAAAGUAUGUUUUGCAUGUAUUUUUUUACAGUCUUAAAUUUUGACUGCUGAGAAGUUUCUAUUGUACAAAACUUCAUUUAAAAGGUUUUUCUACUGAAUCCAGGGUAUUCUGAAGAUCGAAGCCUGUGUGUAAAAUGCUACCAAAUGGCAAAAAGCAACAAUAAACAGUUUGAUUUUUACUUUUUUUCUAAAUAUCAAUGCUUAACCAGAACUAUUUCAAUUAAGUUGUCAGUAGUAAAACAAAAAUACUCAUUUUUAUUCCAGAAGUCCAAAACAACCAUAUUCAAUAAACCUACAACUUAAGUGUUAAAAAUAUGCUCUGUAACUCUGUGCUGCUAGUAUUAGAACUAAAAAUCUUUCAAUAUGGCAAAUGCUUAAUGCUUUAUAUAAAUGUGGAUUUGUCAGCUUUUAUGUAAUCUGUAUUAUAUAUGCAGGAAAAAAGAGCUACAGAUGUUUGCCUUUAAAAGGCUGUUUCUUAAAGCUGUUACAAGAGGAUAAUGGUAUUUCAACUAGUUAUCAGCAAGUGACGAUACAUUCCACCACAGAUGUGCUCUUGUUCUUCUAGCUUUUAGAGUGAACAAACUGGGUGCUUCAAAGUCUGGAGAAAGAGAAGGGAUCACUACACCCAUGUCAUGGAUAAAGACUGCCUGUUCAUUUUUUAAAUAUUAUUUCAGGUCCUUUGCUUACCAAAGGAGGUCCAGUUUCACUCAGAUGUUUGAGAACUGUUUAAAUAAACGCAAA